AUGUCAUUUGAUCCAACCAACCUUGAUUCUAUUGCGGCCAAGUCUGUUCUCAUCACCGGUGGCUCAUCUGGCUUAGGCCUUGCCACAGCCCGUGCUUUUGUGGCCUCGGGCGCAUACGUGACCAUUGCAGAUAUUCAGCCGCCUCCCGAAGAUGCAUUUGGCGAUGGACAAUGCCGCGUCAAUUUUUCGCUUUGCGAUGUGAGAGACUCUGCCUCGCAGGCCGAAGCUUUCAAAGGGGCGGUCAAGUUUGCCCCAAGUCAUGCUCUUGACGUUGUUGCCCUCUUUGCUGCCGUGGACGAUUCGCCCAACCUUGUCGAUCUCGUCAAAGCCUCUGACUCUCAGGCAAUAAAUGUGCCGCAUCAACUCAUAUCUCAUGAGAAAACCGCUGGCUUUGCUGAGGCUUCGUCUGGUGGCGGUGGGCCAAAUCUAGACAACCUUAGCAUAAAGUGUCUAGAUGUGAACUUGAAGGGAAUCUAUUACUCAACCUAUCUCGCCUUGCAUUACCUGCAGCAGCCCCAAGCGGCACCCUCUUCUCAAACGUCGGGCACGAACAAUCGCUCGACGAAGUCGCUGAUUUUGCUUUCCUCAUUGGGUGGCUACCUCGAUGACAGCCACGACAGUAUCUAUUCCGCCACCAAGUACGGCAUUCGAGGUCUCUUCCGCAGCAUCCGACUGCGAUCAUACAAUGAACUAAAUGUGCGCUGCAAUUUGGUAGCACCAUGGGUCAUCAGAACACCGUUGACUGCUCCUCUGCAAGGCUUCUUGGACAAGAGCGGAAUACCUCAAGGGAAAGGAUUGACUUUUGCAACAGUGGACGCUGCUGUUGAGGCUGUGGGUCGGUGUGCCGUUGAUGAGAAAGUUGUUGGUCGCUCAAUUGCUGUUGUGCCUGAAGGCAACUUUGACCUCGGUGAUGAUGAAGAAGGGCUCUGGGCAGGUACAGCAUUGAAGAAAAUUGUGCAGGCAAGAAAAGAUGCCGGAGAUGUGAUUGUUUGA